UUCCAUGGGCAGGCCUGCAUGCCUGGCACGCUCGUCGUCUGCUUGCCCCAGAUAAAGGUUAUGAGUGCGGGACACAAACAUAUGGAACCGCUGCAAGAAAUCCCGUUCGUUGUGCUAAGACCCAUUCUUGAAGAAGGUGAUGCCUUUCCUUGGACAAUCAAUCUGCAUAAUUUCAGUAUAUAUACUCUCCUUGGGCAACAGAUGACACUAAAUUUAGUGGAUCCAAUGGGCUGUACUUCUACUUUAGCUGUUACUUCACAGAAGCUGCUUGCUUCCGGGCCAGAAUCCAGACACUCAUUUGUCGUCUGCCUCCAUGUCGACCUCGAGUCCCUUGAAAUAAAAUGCUCGAACCCCCAGGUGCAGCUUCUGUAUGAACUGGCAGAGAUCGCAAGUAAAGUUUGGAAAAAAAUUCAGAAGAAAGGAAUUCUUUACCAGUCUUCUGUCUAUCCUGAACCCGUGGCGGGAGCUGUUGCUCCCAGCUCUCCGGUGAGGAGCAGCGUUGGUACCGCUCCACCAGACACCAGCACGUGCAGCCCAUCUGCUGACGUGGGCACCACCACAGAGAACUAUAAGACGGUGGUAACUAGUGGUUUUGAAGUGUCUGUGGCACUUGUGUUGCUUGUGGCUUGUGGUGACGAUUCUCCAUUCUCAGACUCAGUUACACUGGAACAAACUACAAGUAAUAUUGGAGUCUCCAGCGGACGUGUCAGCCUGUGGAUGCAGUGGAUGUUGCCAAAAAUUACUAUAAAACUGUUUGCUCCUGAUCCUAGAAAUAAUGGCACAGAAGUUUGUGUCGUCAGUGAAUUAGAAGAUCUCAGUGCCUCAGUGGAUGUACAGGACGUGUAUACCAAAAUCAAAUGUAAAAUAGAAAGCUUCAAUAUUGAUCAUUACAGAAACAGCCUCGGAGAAGACUCUUGGUCUCUGGGGCAAUACGGAGGUGUUUUCCUUUCCUGUACUGACAAGCUGAACAGACGUACCUUGUUGGUUCGACCCAUGAGCAAGCAGGACCCUUUCAGUAAUAUCUCUGGCUUCUUUCCUUCUACAACUGCAAAGCUUUUGGAUGGCUCACACCAGCAACAUGGGUUUCUUUCUCUCACUUACACAAAGGCUGUGACAAAAAAUGUGCGGCACAAACUGAUAUCAAGAAACGAGCGGAGAACGUUCCACAAGUUGUUGGAAGGUCACACAGAUGGAUCUCCUCACUUUCUUCAUGAGAUCCUUCUCUCUGCCCAGGCGUUUGAUGUGGUCCUCUGUUUUCCUUUGCUUAAUGCAAUUGCAAGCAUUUUUCAAGCCAGGUUGCCAAGGAGCCAAAAGGAGAAAAGAAAGUCACCAGGCCAGCCUAUGAGGACUCACACACUCACCUCCCGCAAUUUGCCUCUGAUUUAUAUCAACACUGGUGUAAUUAGAGUCUUUUUUCCCAAAAAUGAGGAAAACCAUCAUAACGCAGAAGCUAAUCCAGCAAUUAAAGAAGAUACUUUGGUUCUCAAGAUUGGAUCUGUCUCUACGGCUCCCCAGGCUGACAACCCUCUUAGUAGAGCUGUGCUCAGAAAAGACAUUUAUCAAAGAGCACUGAAUUUAGGGAUACUUCGAGACCCUGGAUCAGAGGUUGAAGACAGACAAUAUCAAAUAGACCUCCAGUCUAUAAACAUUGGUACAGCUCAUUGGAAUCAGUUGAAACCGGAGAAGGAAAAUGCAAAAGGAGGAGUGCUAACGGAGAGCGAAAGAAAUUCUCAAAAUCCAGCGCUUGAAUGGAACAUGGCCAGUAGCAUAAGGCGGCAUCAGGAAAGGAGAGCAAUUUUAACUCCAAUUUUAACAGAUUUCACAGUUCGAAUAACUGCAGCUCCUGCUAUUAUUUUCACAAAAAUUGAUGCUCCAGAGAAUUUGCACCCAGAGGAGAUUUUAGUGUGUGGUCAUUCUUUGGAGGUAAAUGCAACAACAAAUCUGGAUUUCUUCCUCAGUGUGGCUCAAGUACAACUUCUUCAACAGCUAGUAGAAGCCAACAUGGUUGGACUGGAACCUUCCAGUAGCACUGCUGAG